GAUUGCUACAAGUAUUGACAUGAUAAUAAAAACAUUAUAAAUAGCCAGAAAGAAAAUUUAAAAGCGGCCUGGAUGACUGACUCUAUUCACUCCCCUCUCUCUCUAUCUCUAUCAAUAUGUGUGUCAAGCAAGUGAUCUAUCUAUCUAUCUAUGCUCUUUAUGCCAAACAAACAAAUCAAAUUAAAAUAGGCUAAACAAAGAAAGAGUGAGCUUUCCGGCAUGAGAAUAAGGAAGCAUGCGAAGGUCUCACCUCUCACGUACGCCGCCGCCUCCCUCAACUCCUCCGCCCUUCUUCAGACCCAUCUCUGCCAACUCAAUCAGUCUCCCUGGGACGUCGUCACCUUCCCUCUUCAAGUUGAAGAAGGAGAACAACCUUCUCCCUCCACGCCGUGUCCGCCGCCGCCGCCGCACGCUCCCCUGUUCGACGGAUGCGGAAGUUAUCCCCUUGACGGUUCAAAUGAAGCUGUUCACAGCCCUGAAUCCGGCAUGAUCUCUCCGGGCAGCCGCUUCCGGGACGCGGCAGAGCAAGAGCAUUCCGCGAAUCUGUGCUGCAAGACGGACGGCAAGGCGUGGCAGUGUAAACGAGAGGCCAAAGUGGGCCACACUUGGUGCGACCACCACAUGGAGCAGCUCAAGCACUGCAACAAGGUGUUGCCGGUGACGGAAAAUAAGCAGGCCGCUCCUCCUCCGGUGCCCGAAGAGUCCGUCGCGGCUACGACAAGCCGAGGGCGCCGCCCUCGGCCGAAGAAGUCUUCGGGAGUCUCAUCGAACCCGUACGACUUAUAUUAUUACACCGGAUUCGGCCCGCUGUGGGGCAAGAAAAGAGGUCCGGGGAGAAUGAAGGAGAACUACAACUCCCCGAACACAGCAGAAUUUGAGCCGAUAAACGGCGCAACUUCUUCGAGUUCGGAGAUGGAUGGUCACGGAGUAGAAAUGGAUUAUUUUGAAGACGAAUUCCCGAGUGACAAUGACAACAACAAUGAUGGCAAGAAGAAGAAAGUACGGAAACCGGUUAAGGCCCGGUCCUUGAAAUCGCUCAUGUAAGACGACCAUACAUAUUCCGUACUAUUUUUCUUCAUUUCUUGUUCUAUUUUGGAUCCAGUACUCUUUCAUUUGUAGUGUGUGGAGAUGUUAAUUGUAUACAAUUCUUGCAUGAAAAAUAAAUUUCUUCAAUUGUUUUUGCUUUCAGUUAUUUAUCCUUAAACUUUUAAUCUUAAACUAAACAUCAUAUUGCAC